ACCAACAUCAAAGUCACAACAUAAGAAGGACAUCAACCCCUGCAGAGAGUGCAACAAGUCGAGAUUGAGAGACAGUACAACAAUACGAUACAACAUGGCAUUCACAAACAUACCCCUCUACGGCGGCGCAAUAACCCUCGACCUGCCCUCAAACUUCGCCGACGCCUCUCAAAUCCGACAAAUCCCCGAUCACCAGGAAGUCUACCUCGAUAACGACGGCUACUCCAGCAUUGUUGUCGAAAUCCUAGAGUAUGUCGACAAGAAAAGCGACGAAGAAGCGCUGCAGUACCACUUUGGAGAUCUAGUCGACGGGACAGGAGAUCAGAGUACGAUUAUCUCGCAAGAACGUGCUGUGAUGAAGAGUUUGCCAGACAAACCAGUCCUAGCACUAUCAUUCAUCCAAACACCACCAACACCGAACCCUCACCCCAACCGCAAGACUCCCGAAUUCACAUAUAUCCAUCUUCUUCUUCUCCGUCUUAAGGAGCAAGGUACCGAUAUUAUGGUAUCAAUCAACAUCCCACACUACCCAGGCGAAUACACGCCAGCAAAGCAGCAAGGAGGAGAAACACAGUUGAUGAAGGAUAGCAAGGUGGUAAAGGGGCAGAUUUUGGAGAGCUUCCAAGUGAAGGAGUGGGGGCUGUUUGAGGGUUGAAUGGGAAGAGAAAGAGGAAGAUGUUAUCUGAAGAUGUUUGAUUAGGAGCGAAAGAAUUGGAGUGGGAGGAAAGAGUUGGGUCUAGGUAUGUAAGAGGGGGACAUGGGAAACAGAUAAGGUGAGAGGGGUAAGAUGUGCGCCGGCAAUUUUUGAUAGGAGAGCCACAAACACGUAGCCAUUAGCUUAGAUACAGUUGUACAGCAAUAAAGAUCAGCUCCAGCAGUCACCAUCACAAGUAUGCU